GACAUAACCGAAAAAGGAAGUCUGUAAAUCUCCUUGCAUUCCACUGAUGUCGAUCGACCUUGAAUGGGUAAAGCUUGACUCUACAUUAUCCCUUACAUUGGUGAACAUAUUGAAUAGACAGCUAAGCACAACAGCAAGGCCGUCGUUCAUAGGUCCUGUCGAAGUAACCUCCAUCGAAUUCGGCACAACAGCUCCGGACAUCGAGUUAGUCGAUCUCCGCGACAUAUAUAGAGACUUUCUCGAAGACAAUGAGGACGAUGAGAAUGAGUUAAAAGCUACUGUGGGCACAGAAGAAGACGACGAAGCCUUUGAAUGGGUGUCGCGCAAAGCUGCUCGUCGUGAAGAAGGUCUUGCUUUCCAACAACAGCCGCAAUUUGCACGAGGACCAAUGAACAUGUUCGCUUCUACACCUACCCUCCAUUCGCCCGCAAUGGAAACUUGGAAUCCUUCUCUCUCCAGCUUAGUCGACCACAGACCAUCAUACGCUUCAUGGUCCAAAUCCCCUCCUCCUCCUCCUUCUACUGCCAACAACUACCCAAAUCUACAACUCCAUCUUCAUAUCAACUGGCAUUCCGACCUGCGUAUCACCUUGACGACUUCACUGCUGAUAAACUACCCUUCACCGAUGUUCAUGUCCUUACCCAUCAAACUCUCCGUGACCGGACUUGUUUUUACGGGUGAACUUGCUGUUGCGUACGAAGGCGAACGCGGACGUGUGCAUCUUUCUAUCCUGGAUGACCUGGACCCCUACGGUCUAGCCGCAGAACGCUCCAAAGGUGAUCCGCCUCCCAGUGCGAGCGCUACUCCUCCUGAUGACGAAUCAGAAUCUAUUCAUCCUCCUCGCCCUGCUAAACCUCUCCCUGUUGGACAGCGACUUCUUCCCUCAAUCUUUAUUGAAAGCGAGAUUGGUCAGACUGAUAAACAUGUCCUUAAAAACGUGAAUCGUGUGGAACGGUUCAUUCAGGACGUGAUACGGAAAGCUGUGGAAGAGGAAUUGGUCUUUCCCAAUUUCCAUACUCUGGUCUUGAACGGCGGGGGUGGCUAA